UCACACAGCUCCCCCGCACCUUAGCUAACUCGCAACGCCUCCACCCCUCCCUCCCAGCCAACGCACAGACGUUCUAGGCGCUCGGGCAGAGCCGGCAGCGCGCUGGGGGCAUGCGCUCCAUGAGAGCUCUGCAGAAUGCGCUGAGCCGGGCGGGCAAUCACUGCCGGCGGGGAGUCUGGGGUCACCUGAGCCGGAGCCCCCUCCUUGGCUGGGGCGUCCGACACCACCUCAGUGAGGCAGCGGCGCAGGGCAGGGAGACGCCGCACAGCCACCAGCCACAGCACCAGGAUCAUGAUUCGUCAGAGAGUGGCAUGCUGUCCCGCCUCGGUGAUUUGCUCUUCUACACUAUUGCCGAGGGACAGGAACGAAUCCCCAUCCACAAGUUCACUAGUGCACUAAAGGCCACCGGACUGCAGACAUCAGAUCCCCGGCUCCGGGACUGCAUGAGCCAGAUGCAGCGCAUGGUCCAAGAGUCCAGCAGUGGUGGCCUCUUGGACCGAGAUCUCUUCCAAAACCCCCUAAUGCAAUCGUGUCUGGGAUCCAGGUGUGUGAGCAGCAACAUUGUGCUCCUGACCCAGGCAUUCCGAAAGAAGUUUGUCAUUCCUGAUUUUGAGGAGUUCACGGGCCAUGUGGAUCGCAUCUUUGAGGAUGCCAAAGAGCUCACUGGAGGCAAAGUGGCGGCUUAUAUCCCUCAACUGGCCAAGUCAAACCCAGACCUGUGGGGUGUCUCCCUGUGCACUGUGGAUGGUCAACGGCAUUCCGUCGGCCACACAAAGAUCCCCUUCUGCCUGCAGUCCUGUGUGAAGCCCCUCACCUAUGCCAUCUCCAUAAGCACCCUGGGCACUGACUAUGUGCACAAGUUUGUGGGCAAGGAGCCCAGCGGCCUGCGCUACAACAAACUCUCCCUCAAUGAGGAAGGAAUCCCUCAUAAUCCCAUGGUCAAUGCUGGUGCCAUUGUUGUCAGCUCCCUGAUCAAGAUGGACUGUAACAAGGCAGAGAAGUUUGAUUUUGUGUUGCAAUAUCUGAACAAAAUGGCUGGAAAUGAAUACAUGGGUUUCAGCAAUGCCACAUUCCAGUCAGAGAAGGAAACAGGGGAUCGGAAUUAUGCCAUCGGCUAUUAUCUCAAGGAAAAGAAGUGCUUUCCUAAGGGGGUGGACAUGAUGGCUGCCCUCGAUCUCUACUUCCAGCUGUGCUCCGUGGAGGUCACCUGUGAAUCAGGCAGUGUCAUGGCAGCCACCCUCGCCAAUGGUGGGAUCUGUCCCAUCACAGGCGAGAGUGUUCUGAGUGCUGAAGCAGUGCGCAACACCCUCAGCCUCAUGCAUUCCUGUGGCAUGUAUGACUUCUCUGGCCAGUUUGCCUUCCAUGUGGGCCUGCCAGCCAAGUCAGCUGUGUCAGGAGCCAUCCUCCUGGUGGUACCCAAUGUUAUGGGAAUGAUGUGUCUGUCACCUCCACUGGACAAGCUGGGUAACAGUCAUAGAGGCAUCAACUUCUGCCAGAAGUUGGUGUCUCUUUUUAACUUCCACAACUAUGACAACCUGAGGCACUGUGCUCGGAAGUUAGACCCACGACGUGAAGGGGGAGAAGUUCGGAACAAGACUGUAGUGAACCUGUUAUUUGCUGCCUAUAGUGGAGAUGUCUCAGCUCUUCGAAGGUUUGCCUUGUCAGCCAUGGACAUGGAACAGAAAGACUAUGACUCCCGCACAGCUCUGCAUGUUGCUGCAGCUGAAGGACACAUAGAAGUUGUUAAAUUUCUGAUCGAGGCUUGCAAAGUGAACCCUUUUGUCAAAGACAGGUGGGGCAACAUUCCCCUGGAUGAUGCUGUGCAAUUCAACCACUUGGAGGUUGUCAAACUGCUUCAAGAUUACCAGGACUCCUACACACUCUCUGAGACCCAGGCUGAGGCAGCAGCUGAGGCCCUGUCUAAAGAGAACUUGGAGAGUAUGGUUUGAGAACAGAUCAUGGACAGUCCUGCUCAAGAAACAGCAUGUGCUGGCCACACAAUCCAUAACCACCAAAAAAGCCUAUGGAAAGCUGCUUCAGUGGGGAUCAAGAAAGCCAUUCGCAACAUAGGCUAAUGCUUUCCAUGAGAAUCAAAACACCCCAUUCCCCAGGGGACACCACCAGUAUAGCUAUCCAUGGACACUUUGAAUUAGGGUCUAUUGGCUUGGUCCACUCAAAACCAUCCCAGGUCUUCACCCAGGUCCUCUCUUGAAGAAACCAUACUUAAGUGGAAGGACUCUAGCUACCAUGCACAAGUAUAAAUCAGGGUAAGAGAAAGAGAGAGCCUAUGUACCUGGCUUUAGUAGUCUGGUGACAGCAGUCCCCCUUGGCCAGGACCUGCUGCUGCUACUGCUAACAGCAAUUUUAUAGACAGAGAAAGUAUUUUGUGCUCAAAUAAACUUUAAUUAUACAAAUUA